AUGCAUAUUUCAAACGCCAUCAAAUCCUUAGUGGUUAUCUUCGUUCAAUGUGAAGUAGUCUUUGGGCUCCAGGUUUUCAGAUGCGAGUUCGAGAAGUCCGUAGCUUUAUGCCGCCGGGCAACUGCCCUUGGUGAAUAUAAUGUGGCCACGGAAUACGGUUUAAUGAGAGCCAUGCAAGCUGGCCCGACCGCUACAUGCGAAGAAUUCACUAUUCAAGGUCAGCCGAUAGAGAACGGCGCAUGCUGCCCCCAUGAUUUUGGAGUCUCGGUCAACUAUGGGGAUGACACGUUUGUUAAAACAUCAGCUCAGGAAUUUGAUAAACAGUGCACUGCUCCACCCACAGCUGUUCCCACAUAA